CGUACUGGUACUAAAUGAGUUACCCAUCCAAAAGACAACAUUGAUAACACUUCGAUACAGAAAGCAGACACAUGCACUUGCUAAAAACUUCCCAAUAUUUUGAAGUUGAUAGCAAAUAGUUUCGAUGUUUUGUUUAUCAAACUUUCUUAAAUACUUUUCGUGCAAUGUACAGGAUACAUGAUUUUAGCUAAUAAAAAAAGUUUAGUCACUUUGUUAGCUACACGCUCGUGCCUGCACUUAGGCAACCUUCGCUAUGGCCCACUUCACUUUAACUGAAAAUCUACGAGUAACGACCGUAAUAUUGCCCCUAGGUAUAAAACACUGACGGAUGAUGUAUUCAGGCCUAUUUAUUAGGACAGAAUAACGGAAAACAUGGCUUCCACCUAGGAUAUAAACCGUAACAUCUUGAGGCUAUAGAGCAGAUGAUACAAAGGCUACAUUAAAAGUUUUGCCAACGCAUGGAAAAAGUUAGUGAUGACAAAUUUGUCGAUACAAACGAUGUAGUUGCUUCAGUCUGGGAUGUUAUCAUCAUUGCUGCGCUGUGGCUAGUGUGAGUGGACCGGGAGGCGAAAGGGGAUGUUUUUAGCUGAACUCUUGGUUAACUAACAACUAUAUUAGUACCAUGAUGUCAGAUGGCUUUUCGAUGCCAAAGAGCUUUUCUGUUUCUCACCUGCUAAAUCUUGAAAAAGUUAACUUUGGAGACGGUGGUGCACUUUUGAGCACAUGUGAGCCGAUGAUGAAAGAUGUGCACGCUAUGAGAAACGUAAUGUCUGGAACUCCUGGAUACCAAGCAAAAGCCGACCAAUCAGUGAGUUCAAAGCGGAAGAAAUCCAGGAGGAAUAGAACCACCUUCAGCUCAGCACAGUUGGAAGCACUGGAGAAGGUGUUCGAGCGUACACAUUAUCCCGAUGCAUUCCUAAGGGAAGAACUAGCAAAGAAGGUGGAUCUGAGUGAAGCACGAGUACAGGUAUGGUUCCAAAAUCGACGAGCGAAAUUCCGAAGGAACGAGCGAAGUACCCAGGCUACAAAAACGUCUUCCAUGCGUCAAUCGUACAACGAGACCGUGGCAGUUGAGCAACCGAUCGCCGCACGCCCACGGCCCGUCACGUCGGAUUUUCCUGCCGUAUGGAACUCCAAUUGCUACGGUACCAUGAAUAUGAUGCAAUCAACGUCAAUGUUUGGACUCGAAAAUGAUUCAAUGAACCUCCAAAACUGGAGAAUGAGGUCACGUGAAUUCAGUAAUCAACCAUUACUAUAGCAAUUUACGCAGUCGACACGUAUGCCUACUGGUACGCAUCAAUUUUAAGUGACCAUCGUGCCAUAAUUUAUGCUAUGCAACGCAUUUCUGGCUGAACAGAAUGAUGUACUCACGGUGAUGACUUGUAGGCUUAGUCGUGGAAGAUCAACUCUUAUACGAAAGUAUAACAUUACAGGUAUGUAAAGUGAAUUACGAAGAUGUUGAUCACGUGUACGCAAAAUGCAGUUGAUGAUUUCGUCUUUUUCCAGUGAGUACUAUGAACAUUUAACGUGUUUUUUUUUUGUUUUUUUUUUUACUUUAUUGCAGCUGAUUGGUUGGUUGGUUGAAUUGAAUGAUACAUUGGUCAAUAAAUUUGUGUAUUAGUCAAUAUUAUGCAAUAAUUAUUUUAAACAAUGCCAACGUGCAUUUUUCACGUUAAAAGUUGAUGUUCUCUGUUAGUGCAUAAGUGAUUUGCGUAUAGUUGUUUGCCCGUCAUCUUGACAAUAUCGUAACAUACGCGGUUUUCACUAUAUACUAUAUAAGCUCAAAUAGUUUCAUCUGGUUUCUGUGAUGCAUGAAACAUGGACAAAAUUCUUGUAAAUAAUUUAAAAAAAAUAUAUGUACGUACUGUUUGUGACUACUCGAUUUGUUUUCAACAGACCCCCCUGGUUUAAUUACAAACAUUUUGUCCAUGUUUUAUGUAGGCCUACUAUAAUAUAUAUAAUGUUCUGAACAAAUAAAUUAUAAGAGUGUGUAAUGAAGUACAGAUGAAAAUGUGUACGAUGCAAUGCAACCUACUAUAUAAAUUUGUUACGCUAUGCGUAUGUAUGAAUCACUUAUAAAGCUUCUGUACAUUGCUUCAUGUGAUAAAUUUUCUUUAAUUAAUAGUAUUUGUAUACUCUAAUUUGUUAGUAUUUGCUGGAGAAUGGGUGAAAAUACAGCUCCAGAUAAAACUAUGGUUUCUCUUGCAAUGUAACCCAACAUUGUGAUUAUUGCAUUUUAACAAGCGUUGUACAGUACAUUAUUAUUAUUAUUAUCCAUGUUAAUUGCCUUUUUUCUUCAAUAUGUACCCGCCUUUUGUCACAUCAUAAGUCGCAUUUCUAUACACAUUUUAAAAAAGAAAACCUUGUACAGUAUAUAUUUUCAGUUUAUAAUAAUAACACUUUACUUGAAAAAAACUACGCCUUUCCAUCGGCACACGUCACGCAUAGCAUAAUGACGGUGCGUUCAUAAAGACAAUGUUUAAAACAAAUGAUAUAAACACUAAUAAGGCAAUGUACAAAACGUGAAAUUAAUUAAAAGGAUUCUUAAAACUCGAUAAAUCUUCAUGAACAGAAACAUGUAUAAAAAAAGUACUCAUAAGUUCCAGUCUUAAUUUUUACAAUUUUUACCAUUUAUAACAACAUUUCUCUGAUUUUUUCAAUUUCAAAGUACGAUAUAAGAUACAAUUUCGUUCAUGCAAAUAAAUUAAUGUACAUGUUCUGAUUGAUUGGGUUUUACAAUUCAUAAUAUCAUUUCUCUGUUUCCAUGCUAUGUUUAAGUACGAGAUACAAAGAUCUUUCAUAAAUUUGCCAGUCUCCAAGAAGUAUGUUAUUAUUGUAUCUUAGUGUUACAAUCUCCACUCAUAAAUUACUGCCAUGUAUUAUAAUCAUAUUUACUCACUUUGGCGUUAAGUUGGAGGGUAUUGGAUCUUGCUUUAAACUUUAAACUUCAUUUCAUAGAAAUCAGUUUUAUUUUUCAAAUAAUCCUCCAUUUUGGGAAAUUCUUUUAUUCUAAUGUAAUAAUUAAGGAAGAGAAGAUUUACUGACUGCAUUACUAAUCCAGUUAACAUUGCACAGAUCGUUGUUUUUAUGAUUAAAUGUACUAACCCCUGUAUCAUUAUGUGUGAUAUGGGCAAAGAAUUCAUGCAUCUCAGUUAUUCAAUGAAUUCAUUGAGUUUAAGCGUUUUAGCCGUCAUAACAAUGUGUUACAUUAGAAAGUGAAGGUCUCCAAUUAAAGACCACCUCCAAUUAAAGACUAUUUUUUCAUUUGGUCUCAAAUUAACAAAUAUAUUAUUCUAAUUAGAGAAAAAAAAUUGCUAAAGACCAUAGAGACCCCGGUCCCAAAAGUGCUCUUUAAUUGGAGUGUGACCUGUAUAUAUAUUUUACAACUCCAGAAAUGAUUUAUUAUUAAAAUUAGGCUCGAAGACAUGUUAGUCUACAUAGUAGUAAAACUGGAAUUGAAAAUGUUAUCUAAACAUUAUGUUUCCAAUAUAAUGAUAGACUUAAUUAAAUGUUAAAUGUUGCAAGUAUUUUAUAUAAGAAAGGAAGGACUUUUCUACUCACAUCGUGUCAAUUUUGCAGCCAAUCGGCGCAUGCCUGGUCCGCAGCUUAGGGGCUUGGUAAUCCCCCAUUUCUCGAAUGAUAUGCCAAAAUGACUAGUCUUACUUUAUUUGGAGUAUGUUUUAUACUAAGAUAUCCUGGUUUCUUUAAAGAGCACAUGGUGUAGUCUGUAUACACUGGGCCUGGGAUUUAUAUGCCCUUUUCCGACAGGACUUAGUUAAACCACCGAAAACAUAACGAGGAAGGUAUGAAACCCAUGCCGAAAGGCUCUGAAUUACGGUGUCCCUGCAUUGACUGCUCGGUCACCUCGCUAAUGAAUUAUUAUUUGCAUGUGGUGUUAAGUGCCUGAAAGAUAUUACAUCUCUACAUAAUAUCAUAAUUUUUUGUAAAGAAAACUUGAUAUCUCCGAAAAACUAUAAAUAAGUUAACUGAACAAUUUAUUUCGACUAUCAUGACGAUGAAACAUACUAUUGCUCAUCACAUAUUGUAAAAUAAGAAUUGUGACAUUGCGACCGAAUGUGUAUAUACAGAUUAAAUAAAUGAGAAUUUAUUGUAA